AUGUGGAUCAUCUUUCAUUGGUUUAUUUUCGCUUUGAGCCGGUUGCUGUAUCGCAUCCGUGGUCACGACUCUCGGCAGAUUAUCAACCACCGCGCGUUCAAAGAUCAACCUGAGCCCAACAUGAUCCUAGAAGCUCCCGAGUGUGGUCAUUCUGGAUCACCGUUGCUCCCAGACCACACCUGUCUUGCUCAAGAUAGUACUGGAAGAAUGCCAGAGUUGCACUGGAGGGCGCCCUCCGAUCUCAACAUCAAGCAAUACGUUCUGAUCUGCGAAGACGUUGACGCGCCUAUGCCUUUCUGUAUUGUUACUCACGGCGUAUUUUUCGGUAUUCCACCUACAGCCACCAAGGCUUUCCACGAUGAUAUUGAGCAGGAUAUGAACUGUGCCGGGCGUUUCACCCUGGCGGGCUGGGGAUUUGUCCCGACCAUGAAGGGAACUCCCUACAUGGGGGCUGCUGCGCCUCUGGGCCACGGAGUCCAUCGUUAUAUCUAUACCAUAAUCGCGCUCGAUGAGCCUCUUCACUUUGAUCGUCCCGAUAAAGUUACCAAAAGUCAAGUCAAAAAGGCCUUGGUUGGCAAGGUUCUCGGUUGGGGUCAAUGGGCUGGUUACUUCGAACGUCCCUGGCCUCGCUGA